AUGGAUUCGACCCCGCGUGCACCGACAGAACCCCCAUCUAGCCAGCUCACUGCGCAGCUCGAGCAAUCGCAACCCCAGUCCGCUGAUGCCCCCGUCGCCAUUUCCCUUGAGAACCCCGCUUUAUUGAUAUCGAAUCCUAUAACCAAGCCCUUUCUACCUUCGGAGGGCCCUGCUACCCCCCGCUGCACGACGCCUCUGCAACCACCAGCUACUAGCAGCAAGCCCGAUAAUCUCGCACCGGGGACUCCCGCAACCCCCAAAAGGACAGGUCAACUAGCACCUGGUCUCUCCCUUCAUGUACCCCAAAGACUCGUCAGCAGCCAGUCUGGCUCCUUUAGCCGCCCCCCAAACUCGCCGAAGCUAGACUCCACUCACAUCUACACGUCUCCCUCUUCCGUUCUGCCACGACGGUCAAGAGGCUUGGAUUUCUCUAGGGCCUCUACAAAUCUUCACCAUUCUACUUUGGCCGAAGCAUCACCAGAUUCUUCCCCCAUCGUGGGUGGCAGGGGUGUGACCAUCCCUCAACGCCGGCCGGGGAAUGGCUCUGGAUUCGCUUCCCCGAACAACUCUCACAGCCACAUCUGGUCAGGGUCUGGCCAUGGGGAUAGGAUAUCGAGCUCCGUCAGCAGCAUAAAUAUGCUGGACUCAGAUUCUUCGAGCUGUAGUGAUGAGGAUGAUGAUGCAUCCUUGGCUGCCGUGGAACGGGGAGAGUUUACUAUCACGACGCCUCAAGCUGCCAAGACUUUUCAUUCUUUAUCGAACGUCGCUUCUCCGAAUGUAGCGCAGAGCCCAGCGACAGAUUGGAUGCAAACUCUCUCUUCUACGAAGCCAAGCCUCAUGAGUUUUCAACGAGCACGAUAUCGGGGUAAAACGAGGCAUAGCUCAACGAGUACCAGCGGUACCAGCUCAAGGCCCAGCCCGGGGCCAAGGUCACCACCCGUACCGAAAAGUGUUGAAACCUUUCCUUCAGGAUAUUUUUCCAAAGAAGCCAUCAUAGCGGAUGUCAAAUCACGCCGGGAAAGCUUAAGUCUUGGAACAAGCGACUUGCACUUGUCUGAUAUGAGCGAUGACGCUGAAACGAAACAGGGUAUAAACAGCUCCUCUAGCGGAUCCAUAGCCGGUGGCUCCAAUCCAGAGUUCUCGCGUCGAGGAGUAAUACGUCGAGCAGUAACGAGGCGCGGGAAUCUUUUGCCAAAAACCAAAACUUUCUCUCGAAUCAAGGCAGCUUUGAUGGAGGAAGGUGCUCCUAUCGAGAGCGAAGCAAAAAAAGAGGCCGAAGUGAUUCGGCAAGUUCGGGAAAGCGACUCCCUUUUGCCGCCUCUUUCGCCUUCGUUAAUUACAUCGGCAUUGCCCUUAGUUUCCCAAACCGAAGACGGGGCAACGCAUACAUCCGCGGCAGGAAAAGCAGCUUGUACCGAUUUUAGCCAACAAGCAUCUGAAAAUUCAGGAGGGGUUCAGUUCUGGAACUCCUUUGACCGUCGCCACCAGACGCCGCCGCCUCCCUUUGGCAAGCCGUUUGGCGAUACUGCAAUGCAAACUUCGCCUGGUAAACCGACAUCUCUUCCCCAGCCUGGCUCUCCCUUCGUGCAUCCCCGCCCGUUAGGGCCUCAAGCCGUCCUAUCUCAAGCGGCCACAGACCUUUCACAAAGACUUAGCAAACGACGGCGCGUUGAUGAUCUCGACCUUGACCUCGCCUCAUUCAAGCGCCGCGCAGUAUCCCCUGGGACUAGCACCCAAAGCAGCCCAAGUCAAUCACAGGCAUUUUCGUUUCCCGAAAAUACCCACUCCAAUCAGUUGUCCAAAGCCGUACUUUGCCAGAACUCCGCGCAAAGUACAAGUACUGGACACUCGCAGCCCAUCAAGCGAGUCGGUUUGCAGGGGAUGACCGAAACAAAUGAAGGCCUCAUGAACAUGAGUAUUGAUUAG